AUGGGCCGCGUGUGCAUGAAGACCAUGAAGAAAGCGGCCCGGGGCAUCAUGGAAAAAUACUACACGCACCUGGGCAAUGACUUCCACACCAACAAGCGUGUGUGUGUGUGUGUGUGUGUGUGUGUGUGUGUGUGUGAGGAGAUCGCCAUCAGUCCCAGCAAGAAGCUCCGCAACAAGAUAGCAGGCUGUGUCAUGCAUCUACUGAAGCGGAUUCAGAGAGGUCCUGUGAGAGGAAUCUACAUCAAGGUACAGGAAGAAGAGAGAGAGGGGAGAGAAAAUUAUGUUCCUGAGGUCUCAGCCUUGGAGCAGGAGAUCAUUGAGGUGGAUCCUGACACCAAGGAAGUGCUGAAGCUUUUGGACUUUGGCAGUCUCAACAACUUGCAGGUCACUCAGCAUACAGUGGGGAUGAACUUCAAAACAUCGCGAGGAGCUGUUUGA